AUGACUUCAAAGUGUUGUUUCAAAAUAGGCUUUAUAUUAGGCCUUGUUUUUGUAUGCACAAAUGCUCAAGAAAAGGUCUUCAAUGUCCUUUCUUAUGGUGCUAAAGCAGAUGGAAGGACGGACGAUAGUAAGGCACUUUUGAAUGCUUGGAGGGAUGCAUGCCAAUGGAAUGGAAAUGGCACAUUGUUGAUACCUUCAGGGGAAUAUAUGGUAAAUGGUGCAAUAUUUAGUGGGCCAUGCAAUGGAUCGGCGAAGACCUUCGAAAUGAAAGGAGUUAUUAAAGCUCCAACAGACCCUAAUAUAUUCUGCAAGCUGGAGUCUUGGAUUUCUUUUCAAUAUAUCCAUGACUUAGAUAUUAAAGGACAUGGAACAUUUGAUGGUCAAGGGGCUUGUGCUUGGGGAAAGCAUCCAUGUGCAACCCUUCCCUAUACACUUGGAUUAUAUUUUAUCAAUAAUUUGAUUGUGCAUGACAUACAUUCAAACAAUAGCAAGGGUGUACACGUCAACGUCUACAAAUGCAUUAAUGCCAAAUUUAGGCAUGUUCAAAUAGCGGCGCCAGAUAACAGCCCUAACACCGAUGGUAUUCAUAUUGGCUACUCAAAGAACAUCCAUAUCGCGGAUUCAAACAUUGGCACUGGAGAUGAUUGUAUAGCUAUUAUCGAUGGUAGUCAAAACAUCAACAUUACAGGGAUCACUUGUGGCCCUGGCCAUGGAAUAAGCAUCGGUAGCUUAGGAAAAGUACCUACACAAGAAGUUGUGAAGGAUAUACAAGUCAAAAGUUGCACUUUCAUCAAUACUCAAAAUGGGGUGAGAAUUAAGACUUGGGCAUCAUCGAUAGCCGGUAUGGCUACAAAUAUAACAUUUGAUGAUAUUACCAUUAUAAAUGCAUCGAAUCCUAUAAUUAUUGAUCAACAUUAUUGUCCGGAGAGAAAUUGUAGCGGUAGCACACAGGAAAGUUGUGUGCAAAUCAAGGAUGUGACAUUCAAUAACAUAAGGGGAUCUUCAAAUUCAAAAGCAGCAAUUACUUUAAAUUGUAGUGCUUCACAUCCUUGUAAAGGAAUUAUGCUUAAUGAUAUCAACUUGGAAUAUCAUGCCCCUGAUGCUCCUGCCAUAUCAACAUGUACUAAUGCCAAUGGAAAAGCUACAGGCAAGGAAUUGCCUCCAAGUUGUUUAAAGUAG